CGCACGCCGCACGGCAUGGGUUUGGUUAGUUCUCAUAUCUGUUUAGCACGUGGACUUUAUUCGCGGGAACGAAAUUAUGUGGAGCUUGGGUGGUUAUGCGAGAUGUGACACUUGGAGGGUGUCGUAAAGCCACUGUUUUAAGUUUGUAUCUGACAUUUAGGAAAUUUAUAUGUUUGAAUUUUUAUUUUGUAACGUACACACGAUGUUAGAUAGUAAUACAUAUUACUGAAAUGGAUCAUUUUUCUGCCCAAAAAAGUGACGUCAGUGCAUCACGUAAAUUAUCAAAGACCGGAUUAUUUUUUAUUGCCGCUACAGGUGGGAUUGCAACAGCAAUCAGUAUUGUGUGCAUUCCAUUUGUAAGUCCUGCAUUUCGUAAAAUAUGUUUACCAUACGUACCAGCUACGCACCAACAAAUUAAAAAUGUUCUGCAAGCACUGAACGGUCGUUCUGGGUCCUUAAUUGAUCUUGGUAGUGGAGAUGGGCGUAUAGUUCUGGCAGCAGCAAAGCAUGGUUUUAAGGCCCAUGGUAUUGAAUUGAAUACCUGGCUGGUUUGGUACUCGAGAUUUAAAGCAUUGAUUAAUGGUUUAUCCAAUGACACUGCUUUCUUCAAGCAGGACUUGUGGAAAUAUAAUUUGAGGAAAUAUGACAAUAUUGUUAUAUUUGGUGUAGAUCAAAUGAUGGAAGAUAUGGAGAAGAAAUUUAAUAGAGAAUUGUGCAAAGAUUCUCUAGUAAUUGCGUGUAGAUUUCCUCUGCCUAAUAAACAUCCCGUUAUGACAAUCGGACAUGGAGUUGACACUGUGUGGGUUUACAAGAUGCCUCAGAGCUGAAUUUGAGGUAACAAAAGUGUCUUUGAUAUAAAUAAAUUGAGACAUAUUUUAAAUAAUGUAAGGAAGAACGAAAAACACUAUUGUUGCAUAUGUUAAUACUAUAUGUUUAUUGACAUAUAAAACAUUCAUGUAAAUAUUCAUGUUUGUGCUAAUUCUGUGCUAAUCGUAAGCAAAAUGGAUGUAAAAUAUAUCCUUAUUGAGUC